AUGGAGGAAGAGGAGGGCCAGGCUGCGGUCACUCAGAAUGAUAGAACUCCUGCGGAGGAAGACCUUUGGGGGCCCAGCUGCUACUAUGACAAGUCCAAGUCAUUCUUCGACAACAUCUCUUCUGAAUUCAAGAGCAGUUCUCGCCGAGCCACAAGGGCUGAAGAGAGGAAGCUGAACACUGAGACCUUCGGGGAACCAGGGAGUCAUUUUCCUUCUGUCUUGAUAGCUUCCUUUCCAGUGCAGGGGCAGCGGCAUCUCCGCUGUUUCCUGUUUGCGCGCGGCUCUCUGAGGAAUCUCCCUGCGCCCACACCCUUCACUUGUCCUCUCCCCGGCUCCAGAGUCAACGCAUGCGUGGACGUGGUGUUGUCUGGCGUGAAGCUCCUGCAGGCCCUGGGCCUGAGUCCCAGGAGCGGACGCGACCACGCCGUUCUGCACUCGAGGAGAGACCUGGAAGAAGCCUUUGUGCACUUCCUGGGGCAGGGAGCAGCCGCCGAGCGCUUCUUCAGUGACAAGGAAACCUUUCAUGACAUCGCCCAUGUCGCGUCAGAGUUCUCCGGAGCCCAGCACUAUGUAGGAGGAAAUGCAGCUUUAAUUGGACAGAAAUUUGCGGCCAACUCAGACUUGAAGGUUCUCCUUUGUGGUCCAGUUGGUCCAAAGCUCCAUGAGCUUCUUGAUGACAACGUGUUUGUCCCACCAGAGUCACUGCAGGAAGUGGACGAGUUCCACCUCAUUCUGGAGUAUCAGGCAGGGGAGGAGUGGGGCCAGUUUAAAGCUCCCCACGCCAACCGCUUCAUCUUCUCCCACGACCUCUCCAACGGGGCCAUGAAUAUGCUGGAGGUGUUUGUGUCUAGCCUGGAGGAGUUCCAGCCUGACCUGGUGGUCCUCUCUGGAUUGCACAUGAUGGAGGGACAGAGCAAGGAGCUCCAGAAGAAGAGACUCUUGGAGGUCGUCACCUCCAUUGCUGACAUCCCCACUGGGGUUCCAGUUCACCUGGAGCUGGCCAGCAUGACAAACAGGGAGCUCAUGAGCAGCAUCGUGCAGCAGGUCUUUCCUGCAGUGACUUCCCUCGGGCUGAAUGAACAGGAGCUGCUGUUUCUCAGCCAGUCAGCGUCCGGACCUCAUGCCUCUCUGUCCUCCUGGAAUGGUGUUCCUGAUGUGGGCAUGGUCAGUGACAUCCUCUUCUGGAUCCUGAAGGAGCACGGGAGGAGUAAAGGCCGAGCCUCAGACCUCACCAGGGUCCAUUUCCACACGCUGGUCUACCACAUCCUGGCCACGGUGGACGGGCACUGGGCCAACCAGCUGGCAGCCGUGGCCGCUGGAGCUCGCGUGGCCGGAACCCAAGCCUGUGCCACUGAAACCAUCGACGCCAGCCGAGUGUCUCUGAGGGCGCCCCGAGAGUUCAUGACUUCGCACUCAGAAGCGGGCUCCAGGAUCGUGCUGAACCCGAUCGAGCCUGUGGUGGAGUGGCACCGCGAAGGCAUCUCCUUCUACUUCACGCCAGUGCUGGUGUGCAAAGACCCAGUUCGAACUGUGGGCCUCGGGGACGCCAUCUCGGCGGAAGGACUCUUCUACUCAGAAGUCCACCCUCAGUCUUAGGAAGGCGGU